AUGUCUGAACUCUGCGAGCUGAGAUCGCAGGUGAUGCAGCGACAAACUGCAGCCGCCGAGGAGACGCUGGCUCUGCUGGAGGAGACGCUGGCCGAGUACCAGCUGAAAAACUCUCGCCUGAAACUGAAGGUGGAGAGGCAGCAGAGGCUCCUGGACGCCAUCUUGCUGCCGGAGGUGCGACUGCACAGAGCUUCCUGCUCCAAGACCAAGACCAGAGGAAAGAGUACAUUCCCCUGCUCCCUCUGUGGUAAAGGGUUGGCACAGAAAGCAGACCUCAAGAGACACAUGAGAAUCCACACUGGAGAGAAACCGUUCCCCUGCUCACUCUGUGGUACAGCGUUUGCACACAAAGGAAACCUCAAGACACACAUGAGAAUCCACACUGGAGAGAAACCGUUCCCCUGCUCACUCUGUGGUACAGCGUUUACACAGAAAGGAGACCUCAAGAGACACAUGAUAAUCCACACUGGAGAGAAACCGUUCAUCUGCUCCGUCUGUGGGAGAGGUUUUACACAUAAAGGAAACCUUAACAAACACAUGGUAAUCCACGUUGGGGAGAAACCAUUUGUCUGCUCCCUCUGUGGUAAACGGUAUACUGAGAAAGGAAGCCUCAUCAAACACAUGAGUAUCCACACUGGAGAGAAACCGUUCCCCUGCUCACUCUGUGGUACAGCGUUUGCCAGGAAAGGAAACCUCAAGACACACAUGAGAAUCCACACUGGAGAGAAACCGUUCCCCUGCUCACUCUGUGGUACAGCGUUUGCCAGGAAAGAAACCUUCAAGAUACACAUGAGAAUCCACACUCGAGAGAAACCGUUCCCCUGCUCACUCUGUGAUACAGCGUUUACACAGAGAGGAACCCUCAAGCAACACAUGAGAAUCCACACUGGAGAGAAACCGUUCAACUGCUCCCUCUGUGGUAAAGGGUUUGCACAGAAAGCAGACCUCAAGAGACACAUGAGAAUCCACACUGGAGAGAAACCGUUCCCCUGCUCACUCUGUGGUACAGCGUUUACACAGAAACCACACCUCCAAUCACACAUGAGAAUCCACACUGGAGAGAAACCGUUCAUCUGCUCCGUCUGUGGGAGAGGUUUUACACGUAAAGGAAACCUCAGCAACCACAUAGUAAUCCACGCUGGGGAGAAACCAUUUGUCUGCUCCCUCUGUGGUAAACGGUAUACUGAGAAAGGAAGCCUCAACAAACACAUGAGAAACCACACUGGAAAGAACCUGUAG